CCACUGACAGGCCAGCAUUCUCUGCUAUGUCACUGUGGUUUCUACUCUGCACCCCAGUCUGGGGGCCCAGCUCUGUCCUCACUGUGGUCCUCCUGCUUAGACUAAGUGUGUAUACCUGGCAAAAGUGUUAUCUCUGGGACCUCCAGCACUGCUCCACAGACCUGACCGGGAAGACGGCAGUGGUGACUGGGGCCAAGAGCGGCAUUGGGAAGGCUGUGUCCCAGGAGCUGGCCCGCCGCGGGGCGCGUGUGAUCCUGGCCUGCCACAGCCGUGAGCGUGGACAGCGAGCCCUGGCCCAGAUACGAGCAGCCUCACAGAGCAACCAGCUCCUGCUUGGUGAGGUGGACGUGAGCUCGAUGGCCUCCAUCCGGAGCUUUGCUCAGUGGCUUCUGCGUGAGCAUCCAGAGAUACACCUACUGGUUAACAAUGCUGCAGUCUGCGGAUUGCCCACAACACGUGCUCCAGAGGGCCUUGCUGUCACCCUUGCCACCAACUACACUGGACCCUUUCUGCUCACAAAUCUGCUCCAAGGGACCCUACAACGGGCAGGGGCAGCCCGAGUGGCCAAUGUGUCUUCCUUCCGGGAAGAGAAAGGGUACAUUGAUGAGGAACAUCUGAUGGGGACUGGCAGACCUUUGACCUUCAACCAGAACUAUGAUUGCAGCAAAUCUUUGGCCUCAUUCGCUGGGAAGCUUGCCCAGAGACUUCAAGGGACAGGUGUGACUGUGAGCUCCGUGGACCCUGGCGUUGUAUACACGGAGACCAUGAAGAAUUUCUCUUGUUCAUCGUUUCAUCUUUGGCUCAGCCUCUUCUUUAGGAACAGCAGACAGGGUGCAGUCCCAGCGCUCUACCUGAGCUUGGCAAAGGAGCUACAUGGCAUUUCUGGAAAACAUUCUAGCAGUUCCUGUGUGAUGACUCUUGCCCCUAAAGCUGCCCGAGAUCCUCACGUCGCCCAAAGCCUCUGGGAUACUUCAGCCCGACUAACACAUCUAGACAAGAUGAGCUGAACCUCUGUGACCCCCGCCCUGACUCGCCACCUUCCCCUCGACUCCCAGCCCUCACUCAGAUUAUGCCUUCUGCUUGUCAGUUCCAAGGGUCAGUCAAUCACCUUGUUCGGUGUAAUGACCACUUCCUCUUCCUGUUGGCUCCGGUGCAUGAGAGCUCAGCUUAGCCUGAGGGCAGUUUCAGCUUCCACUUUAUAGUCAGUUCUCAGAUGGAAGUGUUCAUCGCUUGGGCACUAGGAUCUCCAGACCUACC